GCGCACACUGACAGGCGCUCGGCCAGCAGACGGCGGCCGCGCCGGGGCGCGGAGACCGCGGGGCCGACCGGGUGCUCGGUGUCGCCUCGGCAGCGGAGGGGGGACGCGGCGCUGGAAAGCCCCGGCCGCCCCCACACCUGUGCCCCGCGGGGGCGGCCAGUGGGUGUCGCCGCCGCCGCCGCCGAUCACCUGGGAUCCCCGCCCCGUGGCGCCUCCGCCUCCCGAGCUCGCCGCGCCGGGGAAGCCGAGCGAGCUGCGGGCUGGGCGGCAGGGCCGGGGCCCGCGGGCGAGGCCGGGGCUGCGGCGCCGCCGGGGCUCGCCCCCUCCCGGCAGCCGGAGCGAGGCGGGCAGGAGGGCGGCGGCCCUGGAGCGGCGGCAGGAUGAACGCCAAUGUCACCUACGCCAGUCGCAAGCGGCGGAAACCUGUGCAGAAAAUAGUAAAGCCAUCCCCAGCUGAAGGAGUCAAGUCCAAUCCAUCCAAGAGACACAGGGAUCGUCUGAAUGCGGAGUUGGAUCGCUUGGCUAGCCUUCUGCCUUUCCCUCAAGAUGUUAUCGCCAAAUUGGAUAAGUUGUCUGUGCUUAGGCUUAGCGUCAGUUACCUGAGAGCCAAAAGUUUUUUUGAUGUUGCAUUAAAAUCUUCAAACUCUACAAGACCAGAAAGAAAUGGCAUUCAGGAAAACUGUAGAACAGCAAAACUUGGAGAGGGGAUGCAGAUCCUCGAAGGGGAACUCUUACUGCAGGCAUUAAAUGGCUUUGUAUUAGUUGUGACGGCAGACGCUCUGGUUUUUUACGUCUCUUCUACUAUCCAAGACUACCUGGGGUUCCAACAAUCUGAUAUUAUACACCAGAGUGUAUUUGAACUGAUUCACACAGAAGACAGACCUGAGUUUCAACGUCAGCUACAUUGGGCAUUAAAUCCUGCUCAGUCUGCAGAUUCUGGACCAAGUGUACAAGGAGAUAAUGGCUUUUCACAGCCAGCAACCUAUUAUAACCCAGACCAACUUCCUCCAGAGAAUUCUUCCUUUAUGGAAAGGAAUUUCAUCUGCAGGUUACGAUGCCUCCUGGAUAAUUCAUCUGGGUUCCUGGCAAUGAAUUUUCAAGGACGGUUAAAGUUUCUCCAUGGACAAAACAAGAAAGGGAAGGAUGGCACUACUUUGUCUCCUCAGCUAGCUUUGUUUGCAGUAGCUACUCCCCUGCAGCCACCAUCUAUCCUUGAGAUACGAACCAAAAACUUCAUCUUCAGAACAAAACAUAAGCUGGAUUUCACACCUACGGGCUGUGAUGCAAAAGGGAAGAUUGUCCUGGGAUACACUGAAGCAGAGCUGUGUAUGAGAGGAACAGGAUACCAGUUUGUUCAUGCAGCUGAUAUGCUUUAUUGUGCUGAAAAUCAUGUCCGAAUGAUGAAGACAGGUGAAAGUGGAAUGACUGUCUUCAGGCUUCUAACCAAAGAAAAUCGAUGGGCCUGGGUACAGGCAAAUGCACGACUUGUGUACAAAAAUGGAAGACCAGAUUACAUCAUUGCCACGCAAAGACCUCUUACAGACGAAGAAGGGGCAGAACAUCUACGGAAGCGUAACAUGAAACUACCCUUCAUGUUUGCCACGGGUGAGGCUGUUUUAUAUGAGGUAACUUUCCCAAUGUCGAGCCUUAUGGAUGCUUCUCAGCCAAGGAAUAAAGCCACAACAGGAAAAGGAGGUAAAGCUACGCUACACGGUGAUUCUGUGGAUCCAAACUCCAUUCUAGGUGCCAUGUUAAGGCAAGAUGAGUCUGUGUAUCUCUGCCCUCCAGCAUCACAUAAACUUUCCUUUGAGAGGAACUUCUUCACAGACAGCAGGGACGAACUGGGGAGUGUCGUAAGCAGUGACUGGACAGAUAGUUUCCUGCCUUCUGGAAAUCACAGCAUCCUCAAACAGGAAUUAACUGAGUGUUCCCAGGACAAUAGUGUGCCGCUUCCUGAAGACAGCGCGGCACUCUUCCAAGAUAACAAAACCAGUGAUUUAUACAGCAUCAUGAAAAAUCUUGGUAUUGACUUUGAAGAUCUAAAGUACAUUCAGCAGGAUGAGGAAUUUUUUAAAUCUGAAUUAUCUGGUAUGGAUGAUAUUGGGGACAUAGACAUAACUGAUGAAAUCCUGACUUAUGUUCAGGAUUCCUUAAAUAAGUCUGACUUCUUAUAUUCAGGCUGCAAUCAGCAGCAGCCCGUGGUCCAGAAUGCCAAUUGCUUGGUACAGCAAGAAUUAGAUCAGCAUCAAAUUCAUGAGCAUCAGAAGCAGCGCAUGGAGCAGCAGCAGCAGCAACAGCAGCAUCAGCAGCUCUGUCAGAAGAUGAAACAUAUGCAAGUCAACGGGAUGCUAACAAAUUGGAACUCUAGCACCAGCAUGCCUCUUAGCUGCUCACAGCAGCAGCCCCAGCAAUAUGUAUUCUCUGGCAUGCAUGCCACAACUCCUGAGUUUUCUUACAAAUCAGAAGUAAGCAAUUCACCUUAUCCAUGUAGGCAAGAGUUUGUUCCUUACAAGCAACCCACAGCAAUGAUGCCACAGCUUUCUAAUUUUUCCCAGAUGGAUUUCCCUGUAGCAGGUUUUGAGAGAUCAACCUACUCUGCUUCUUCCAACUUGGAGGAUUUUCUUGGUUGUUUGCAGCAGGUCCCUGAAAAUCAUGAUUGUGGGGUAAAUUCUGAGUCGGUUAUGCUAUCUCCUCAGACGUGCUAUGCAGGUGCUGUUUCUAUGUAUCAGUGCACACAAGAAGCACAGCCCAGCUGCAUGGAUCAAAUGCAAUAUGAUCCUAUGAUGGCAAGUCAACAAACAUUGUUGAACAAGUUUCAAAACGGUUUCAAUGGAGGAAAUGUAAAUGAAGCAUAUCCCUCUCAGUUAGAUGUGAUCAGUAAUGUACAAACUGCCACACAUCUUCAGCCUCUUCAUCAUCCAACAGAACCCAGAUCCUUCUCAGAUUUGGCAUCUAGUGGAUUUAUGUAAUUCAGAUCUAGAGCUCCAUCUGUGACUUUGUCUGGGCAUCAGGCUGCUCUGAGGAAAAGCUCGAUAAGUCUAUCUUUGAACAUUGGACUUCAACAGCUAAAUUACAUUUUGAAAACUUGAGGUUGGUUGCACUAUAUGCUGGUGGCUGGUAAUCCAAGGCCCUAACUUCUUAGGGUGACACGUGGAAUUAAAACUCUUGAUUAAAAGUAUGCAUGUGCUGUUUUCCAUCAGAUUGACGGUGUCAUUCCAGUAUGGAUUACAUAUGUAUUACAGACUAUGUCAUGCUAUACAACAUAAGAUAAGGCAAAUGGUUUUGUUGUUAGAAAAAUAAUUGGGCACUUUACAAAUAGCAUCAAUGGCACAAGGAAGAUGAUUUCACACUUGGAUUAUUUCCAAACUUUAUUUAAAAAUAUAUAUAUAUUAAAACGCUCUGAAUUCAUGAGAAUCAAAAGCACUUAAUUUAAUGCAUACUAAGCUUUUUAAUCACUUAUUUUAUAUUUAAAACCUUUUGUUUUAAGUCUCCAUUUCUAGCACUUUAAUAGAAGGCUUAAUACAAGGAUAUGAUAUGCAACUUCAGGUUUUCUAUGAAACAGAUCCCUUGCAUUCCUCCUUUUCUCAUCAACCUUAAGUGCCUCACAGUUUAGCUACCUUGUUUCUGACAGGAGCUUAUUUUAGCAAAACUCACUAUAAAUGUCAUCUGUAUUAUGUGAACUUUUAUCUAACAUCUACAGUGCUACUGGCUGUAUUUUUUUUUUUCUUCCCUAAAAAUAAUUUGUUUAGAGUAUGUCUUAAUUCUUUAUCUGUGGAUUUGUUACACUAUUAUCUGGAGCUAUUAAAUGUUCUGAACUUAGAUCAGCUAAAGAGUUUCAGUUUAUUCUAUACUGCUUUUCUGCUUUCUUCAGGUAAUACAGGGUAUAUUAAAAAAGCAGAUUUUUCUGAGGGGGAGGAGCAGUUCCUCAGGAUUAGUUUUAGAUUAUUAAUGCUGAAAAACAUGUGCCUUAUCUUGUGUUAAAACACUCAUAAUGUUCUUUAGAAAUAAUACAAGGCUGCUCUAUGCAAAUACUUUCAUUAAAAUGGAUAUUGAAAAGGUUUGCAUUUUAAACAAGGGGGAAAGGAGUCUCAAUAGCAAGUGGUAUUGACACUUUGACUGCAGUUUUCAAUGUUCCUAGUGGGAAGGGGUCAGUUUUGGUUUAAACUUUAUCCCUAGCAAAUUGCACUGCGAAGGACCGAGAGGUUAUUCUUUUAAUGUAUGUGGAUCCAUUUUAAAAGCUUUGUGCUAAAUACAAAAUUGGAAAAAGAAACAAGAAGUCAUUAGAGAAAUUCUGGUUGUAAUAAGCUUUAUUUUCAGGAGGAAAAAAAAAAAAAGGCAAAACAUCAUUUUUUUGUUUUUCUUUUUAUCUGAGAGGAUUGUUAGAAAUGUAGACACCAAUGUUUGGUGCAAAAUAAUAGUCUACAUGAAAAUACAGAAAUGUGUAUAUGUUCAAAAUAUUUCUGUACUGUUGCGUGUUGUAUAGUUCAUAUAUAAUAAAAUGUCUUUGUAACAUAUUUUAAACCAGUUAAUUUUAAAGUGUUACAUCAUUACAUGUUAAGAACAAUUUUAUUACGUUUCUUAUAUAUAAUAUAAAAUGGCAAUGUAGCCAGUUUAAAGCAGGCAAAAGUAAAUCGGCUCCCUCCAAUUAGUUGUUAAUGUUGUUUAAUACAAGGACAAUCACUUCAAAUUGGAAUUCUUCAUUCCUAGAUGUAACAUGUUUGCUUUGAGGAAGAACAUGUCUUUGAUUCUGUGAUAUAAUAUGCUAGGCCAAACUUAAUUCAGUUACAACUUUUCAGAUGACUGACUUCAGUUUUUCUAAGUGAAAUUACCAUAUAUGAAAGGGACAUUAAGGAAGCAAUUACUAUUCAGGAAAAGCCCAUAAAGAGAUUGUGGGUUGUAAUAUGAGGUUGCUUUUUUAUUAUUAUUAUAUAAACGUUUCAGAUUUUGUUUUCAACACAAGACAUCACUAAGCUUUAGUUAAUGUCUUUUGAAUUAAUUGGUCAUCCUGUCAUUUUCUAUGUAAGGUCUUGUUUUAAGCCAAUAUCUGAAACGUCUUCCGUAUGUAGUUAGUGUAUGUUUGAAUUUGAACUUGAAAAUUAGGAAAGAAAAAUAAUGCUGUAAAACCAGAAGGUUCAAAGGGAUAAAGUAUGUUUUACAUCGUACAAACCAGUGUAUGUUCUGUUUAUGAAUUUAGUUAAACCAAAUACAUGUCCUAUCACUAAGUGCCAAGGAUGCAGUACUAAAAUUGUGCUGCCUUACUUACUGUAAACAAAUUAGUUGUUUAUAUGCAUAUCAGCUUAUUUUUUUGCAUUAUCUUAUGUGUACAACAUUGACUGCAUUAGUGCACUCUUGAUCUGCACCAAAGUGUACCUACAGUGCACAGAUGUUUCUAAAUUGGAUCUCUACUAGCCCUUAAGGUCUGUUAUAAGUAAGAUAUUAACCCCAUGUUAGACAGUAUUACUAUCCAUUUUUGUACAAGUUUUCUUAGCUUGUUUUACUUUCCAGUUCUUAUCUUUCAUUUGCUAUGCCUGCACAUACCAUGCAGUACAUCUUUUGCGUUAAGGUAUGGUUUUGUAGCGUUGUUGCUGAUCUUCAAUAAAGUUUGUAAGACAUAAUAUAUGGUAAUAAAAUAAUCACUUGAAUGUAGCUGAAAUGCAUGUUCUUUUACUGCAAAAUGUUUGAUUUCAGCAGUAUACAAAAAGAUACGUUAUCAUACAGUUACUAAUAUUUUUUGAGAACUGGUCAUCUGAUAGUUUACAAAACUGUUGUUAUUUAUGUCACUAUGGACUUUGCACUUCUCUGAAUAUAAGAUGCAAAUACAAUGUGUAUAAUUUAGAGUGGUGAACAAGUGUGUAUUUGCCCAUGGAAUUAGUAUUUUCAUUUGAUAAUCGCAUGCAAAUGAGUUUGUUAAUAAACAUUGUAAACAGUGAGCCACAA